AUCUGUUGGAUUUCGAUUUCGAGAAGCUCUGUUCGGUUUCGCUGACUCGGAUCAAUGUCUACGCCUGUUUGGUGUGCGGAAAGUAUUUCCAGGGAAGGGGAACCAAUACACACGCUUACACGCACUCGGUGGCUGAGUCGCAUCACGUGUUUCUUAACUUGUCCACGUUGAAGUUCUAUUGCCUGCCGGACAAUUACGAGAUUAUCGAUUCUUCGUUGGACGAUAUUAAGUAUGUGCUGAAUCCGGUUUUCACCGGUAGGGACAUUCGGAACUUGGACAAGGAGGAUCAAAAAAUGUCCCGUACGGUAGAUGGAACUAUUUAUUCGCCGGGGAUUGUUGGAAUGAACAAUAUAAAAGCAAACGACUAUUGCAACGUCAUUUUGCAGUCUUUGUCCCACGUAAAGCCGAUAAGAGAUUUCUUCCUAAUUGAAAAGAAUUAUGCCAACAUCAAGAGACCGCCGGGUGACACGGCAUUCACCCUUGUCCAACGUUUUGGAGAACUUCUCCGCAAGCUGUGGAAUCCGAGAAACUUCAAAUCCCACGUUUCGCCGCACGAAAUGCUGCAGGCCGUCGUUUUGUGGAGCAGUAAGAAGUUCCAAAUCACGGAGCAAGGAGAUCCGAUCGAGUUCCUGUCCUGGUUCCUGCACAUUUUGCAUAAACAGCUUCGCGGGAACAAACAACCGGAUUCGUCGGUGGUCUAUCGGACCUUUUUGGGUGAGAUGAAGAUCUACACCCGAAAGUUGCCUCCCACUGAGCUGGAUGAUGUUCAGAAGCAGCUGCUGCUGGCUACUGACGAGUAUCAGGAAAAAGUUGAGACGUCCACGUUCCUGUACUUGACGUGUGAUCUUCCAGCUACUCCGCUGUUUAUCGACGAGUUUAGGGAGAACAUCAUCCCGCAGGUUAAUUUGUACCAACUGUUGGCCAAGUUCAACUCGGUUUCCGAAAAGGAGUACAAGACGUAUAAGGAAAAUUUCCUAAAGCGGUUCGAAAUAACCAGAUUGCCGAAGUUCAUCAUUCUAUACAUUAAGCGUUUCACGAAGAAUACUUUCUUCCUGGAGAAGAAUCCAACCAUUGUGAAUUUCCCGGUCAAAAAUAUCGAUUUCGGUGAUAUCUUGACCGAGGAGAACAAGAAGCAGCACAAAUACACCAAGUACAACCUGGUGGCCAACAUCGUGCACGAUGGGGAACCCAAUGCCGGUACCUAUCGGUGUCACAUUCUGCAGGAAAGUACCAACCAGUGGUACGAAAUGCAGGAUCUGCAUGUGACGAACAUUCUGCCGCAAAUGAUUACUCUGACGGAGGCGUACAUUCAAAUCUACGAACUGCAGGAGGAAGACGACGAUGUGCUUGAGGUGAAGCAAUAACAUAGCAGUGUUUUGUUUAGGUAAGCAAUUCUAGAUUACGAGAUAGUGUUUUCAAGCGUUAUACGUUAAAUCUGUGGGGAAUAAACCGUUUGUUUGGCAAGAUACAA